AUGGAAAUUUACAUAAUAGUGAUCAUUGUGGUGAUCAUCUUCUUCACUUGUGUCCUUCCUUGCAUCGCCUGUUGCAGGAGAUUCCCUGAGGACGCCAAUACGAAUGAUAACAGGAAUGAAAAUGACGUAAGGGUCAAUGUUGAGCCUGUCAAUAACGUUACAAAUAUCAACUUUGGAAGCCCUGAUACUGCAAUGCCCACAACUACAGGUACAUCUAACGCUCAAGCUAACCCAUACUUGAUGUACCUCCAGUCGUACAUGACUUUAGCUGGUCAAAGAAAGCCAGAUGAGGAAAACAGACUUUCUGAAGCAGAAUUAAUUGCUGGAAUCGAAAGAUUGAGCGAACAGCAAAGGAUUGCUGAAGCUCAAAUAUUGGCCGAAGCUCACAGAAACGGAACCAUAGCAUCUCCUGAGCCUGCCUAUUUAUACGGCUCGAAUAGCUCUCAACUUCCGUCUUACAAACCUUAG